AUGGUCAACCUUUCAGUGCCUGAAAACUAUACAUUCUCCCCGUCCUCGGCAACGCCGCAUUUGACCAUCAAUCACGGCGUCGCUGCCGAUCUGGAUUCCAGCAAUGCCUUUGAAGGACCCGAGAAGCUGCUGGAGGUGUGGUUUGCUCCGAGGCCCUCAGGUCUGCCCAGCUCUGCCGCGCCCAAUGGCUUGAAGAGUGUCUCCGCGGAUACUUGGGUCGGUAUGUUGGACAUGGUCAAUUGCAAGAUUCUGUCUGUUCUCCAGUCAGACGACGUCGAUGCCUACUUGCUGUCCGAGUCAAGCAUGUUCGUCUUCCCCCACAAGCUUAUUCUCAAGACCUGCGGAACCACCACUCUCCUCCUCGGUCUCCAGCGCCUGCUUCACAUUGCGGCUGUCCAUGCCGGGUUUCCUUUCCACAAUGCCAACUCGGUCUACGACGUUCGAGCCGCGGCAACACCAUACCGUGUCUUCUACAGUCGCAAGAAUUUCUUGUUCCCCGAUCAGCAAAAAGGCCCUCAUCGAAGCUGGAAGCAAGAAGUCAAGUACCUGGAUGACUCCCUCGAGGGAGGGGGCAGCGCCUACAUGGUGGGCAAGAUGAAUGGGGACCAUUGGUACCUCUACAUCACUUCGCCCAACCAAACCCUCACCCCUCCCCUGACUCCGGAUUCCGAGCCGAACUGCCAGCCAACCCCUGCCAUGACUAUCUCUUCCAAUGGCGGGAGCUCAGCCGGCGGCUCCUACAGUCACAAUGAUGAGACCCUGGAAAUUCUCAUGACCGAUCUUGACCCCGACAACGCCAAGCAGUUUUACUUGUCGCACGCGAGUGCGGUCGCGAGCGACGGGCUUGCUGCUGAAGCGAAAAAUGCACGCAAGCAGGCACAGGAUAGUGUCGGCUGUCUUGACGCCGCCACCCCUGAGGAAAUCGAUGUAUUUGGACAAUGCGACAAUGGCGAUUUCGAGACGGCCAAGGCCGAAGGCACUGAGGAGCUGACCACCGAGGGCCACGCUCUCGGCUCCGUUGUCUCCGAAAGCUGCGGCCUCAACGACGUCUACCCCACCUCGGUCUACCCGGACGCCCGUGUGGACUCGUAUCUCUUCAGCCCCUGCGGAUUUUCCGCCAACGGCGUGGUUCCUGCUCCUGCUUCGCCUUCCGCCGAUGAUGACACGGCCGGCGCGACGCACUACUUUACUGUGCACGUCACCCCCGAACCAGGCUUCUCCUUUGCAUCCUUCGAGACCAACGUGCCUGGGGGGCAAAAGGGUCGCACCACAGCAGAGAUUAUCGAGCACGUGGUCAACAUCUUCCGCCCCGGCCGGUUCAGCGUCACCCUGUUUGAGGCCAAGGGUUGCAGCGCCAACUCUUAUGGCAUGGGCGAUGGCACAUUUAAGAGCCUCUCGAUGCAGCGUCUGGUCGACCCUGUCCGCGGAUACCGGCGUGUAGAUCGCAUUGUACACGACUUUGAAGAUUACGACUUGGUCUUUCGAUUCUACGAGCGUGAGGACUGGCUGGGCGACAAGGCUGCGCGCGUGGGAGAAAUUGAGUGA